CGCUGCGCGCUGCCCCGUGAUACCCGCCGACAAACUCUCGUGCGAUACCCGUACGCGUGCUCCGCCGGUAGCACCGCCCCCUGCCUUCUCGCCUACCUCCCCGCCCUCCUCCUGCUAUCGCUCCUCCCCGCUGUCGCCUCCGUCUACACCAAGCGCAACACUCUCACCUUCCCACGCGUCCUCUUCGUUGUGCCCUGUGUCUGGCGGAGGCUCGCCGCCAAGUUCCUAGCCGCCUUCGCUCUCCUCUUCGCCUACCACGCGCUGCCGUGCUCGUCUUCACGGCCUCCUCAUCGUCGGGUUCAACGGCUCCAGCCUCUCGGGCCUACUCCGCCCCAGCGCCCCCUCCCCGACCGCCUACCUCCCAACCCUUGCCCCGCCCAGUGCAGCAGCCGGCCUGCUCCGUGCGCCUCAUCUGGGGCCUCCGAGACGGCAAGACGAAGACCAUCAGCGCGCUCCUGUGGUCCAUGCUGAUCGAGAACCAGAGGACGGUGACCUGCGCCCCGACCAACACCGCUGUGGCGGAGGUCGCGUCACGGGUCCUUGGUGUUAUCGAAGAGUCCGGCGGCGGCGGUGCUGCAACGAAGUGUUUCUUUGGCGAUGUCGUGCUCUUCGGCAACGAGGACAGGAUGGCUGUGGACCGGAAACUAGAAAAUAUCUUCUUAGACACGCGUGUUCGCCGUCUGCGUCAGUGCUUGAUGCCAAUCACAGGGUGGACAAAGUCCCUGAGCUCCAUGAUUGCACUUCAGGAGGAUCCGAUGGUUCCGUAUGAAAGGUAUGAUGAGGCCAUACAAGGUUGUGUAUUGGAUUUGGUUUCAGAAGAAAUCAAGCUAAGAAAUGUAAUAGUUGUCUGUUCUUUACGGACGAUGGAUGACAAAAAAGUUAAGGAGAUACAGAAAGAUUUACUGGAAGUGCAGAAAAAAGCACGAGAAGUAGAGCGAGAGAAAAUAUCAUUCGAGACCUACUUCCAGAGUAACUACAAGAAGCUCGCUAAGGAUUUGCGCACUUGUGUGGAGACUUUCGUCGAUGAUCUUCCUAGAUCCGCAACAUCAGAAGAAAACUUUUGCUGCAUGGCGGAGGUGCUGCUCUUGCUCGAUGCGUUUGGAGUGCUCGUGCAGUCUGAACCAGUCGAACAGCUUCAAGCGCUGUUCAAAAGGCACUCCGAUGUUAGGUUCCGGCUGAGGGAGGCGAUAUCCUCGUGUCUUCGCAAGCUAUGGCUCCUUUCUUCUAACUUUAAGCUUCCCGAAAUGUAUGACAGCCGAACGAUCGAUCUAGAGUUCUUGCUUCAGAAUGCUAAGAUCGUGCUCUGUACAGCUUCGAGCUCGUACCGCCUGCUCUACAUGCAGAAGGCCCAGCCCUUGGAGGUCCCUGUCGUGGACGAGGCCGCACAACUUAAGGAGUGCGAGUCACUGAUACCCCUGCAGCUGCCUGGCGUCCGUCACGCUGUUCUCAUCGAUGAUGAGUACCUGCUUCCCGCAUUGGUCAAAAGCAAGGUCGGUUAGUCCCUUUCCCUUUCUGCUGUGAACUAAUUUGGUUUGCUGUCAGUCCAUGGAAUAUGGCUUUAAAGGUGUUAAAAGAGGACAAGUAUGAUUAUUGCUCUGAAUUCUUUGAACUUGCAGCUGAAUUCUCGAGUUCAGAUAAUGGUGAAGAUGGUGCUACUUUACUGAUGUAUAAACAUUAUGUUGCAACUGCUAUUCCCAAAGGAAUCCAUUGCUUGUCUCUGCGCCUUACUGAUGAAUACUCCUCAAAUGCCCAUGAUUGUGCUAAAGAAAAGGAUGUCAUGCUUUUAGUUGAUCUUGAAAAGAAUAUCAUUGCAGGAGCAGACUUGAGUGAUUUAGCCGUGGAGCAUUCCUUUUGUUCAUCUAAAGAAAAUGGUGGUCAAGACGGUGCUAACCUUCUCUUGAUUUGUAAUUCAUGGCUCAUGAGUGUCAAUAUAGCCUGCUCUUGGCUAACGAGAAGGAGAAGGCCACUGCUGUUGAUGAUAUUGGCUACGGUCUUGACAAAAGGGCACCAAUUCAGUGUUACUCACACAAUCUUUGCUCAUUUCACACCAGGUCAUCUUCUCAGAUUCUCAGAUUGGGAGACAUAGCUUCUAAAGGUACCCAACCAACAGCUCAAGGCUGCUGAGUUCUCCUGUAAGCCAGCAUCAGUACUGCCCUUGUCUCUCACUCACCCAAACUAUGGGGUAAUCAGUGCUAACCCCUGAAAGCUGAAGUAGAGUCAUCAAUCAUUGUCUACACUAUCAGCGGCUUGGGGGCAAGCCGCAUUUCAAGCGGUGGGUAAUGUUAGCAGUCCGGUGAGUGA